AGGUUGUAUUGGGGGAGUGAGGAGAAUCGGAGGAAGUAUUUGAUGACGGAUUCUUUUGACAAGUCGCCCGAGGCUAUGGCUGUUUAUCCGGAGUUGAAGGAGGAGUAUGUUGCUUUCUUUUGUUGGCUUGUCUGUGGUUUUCGGUGUAGGGUUGGUUGGCUCUGACUGGAAUAGGAUUACCAGAGUUAUCAUGAUUCUCCUGGAGAAGAAAGCGCGCAAUAUCCGCAAGGGCGGCAGGAAAUCUAAGAAGGUUAGUUCUCUCAUCUGGUGAAGAAGCCCAUGCUGACAGCAAAGAAUUCCAACCGCGACAGCAUCUUCCUCUCCUCGCCUCUACCCAAACCCGAACCCCAGUCGCCAAGUUUCACACUGUACGAGGGCAGCUCGCCCAAAACUCCCAGCAUCCCUAUCACCCGCGAGACGAGCAACAGACAGGCGAAGCGAAAGGCCUAUGACAUGUUCGAAACGCCGCCUCAGGUUCCGGUUAAUAAUGACGUGAAGGUAUCGGGCUCGAAUAAGAGUAUCACACCAUUCCGCGAUAUUGCUCUGCUCGAUGAGGAACCUCUUCCUAAGAAACGACUCUUCGAGUCGCGCAGUGUAUCGCGAACGCCUGUUCCGGUUGUUCAUGCGAUUGACGUGGACGAUGACAUGGACAUGCUUGAGGAAAACGCUCUGAAUACGCCUGACCGCAGCACCGUCCGGGAGGAACCACAGACCAUCUCUGUAGCCAGUCCGGCAGGCAAAGAGAACGGCAACAUCAAUGGCAACAUCCAGCCUCACCCCUCUGACAAAAAUUACGCGUACAAAUCCUCUUUCCCCAAGAAAACAACCUUCCUGGUCUCCUCCAACAUCCAGCCCAGCAUGGGCCCUGUCUGGAUCCCCUUCCGCGACUUUACCUCAGCCUCGCCGUUCCUGUCCUACAUGGCGGCUGAAUGUCACCCAGAGAAUUGGGGCCAAAGCCAAAGCCAUAGCCAAAUGCAGGGUCACAGCCAAAGCCAGGGCCAAUCGCCAAGCAGGCAACUAAAUAACGAGAUUAGUCGCAAUUGGGCUAGUCCCUCGUCAUCGUCAUCGCAGAAUAUCAUCGCAGCGACUGUCAAGCUGGAAUGGUCUAGUGUAGUGAUCCGAGUGCGUCGCGGUAAAGACUAGGACUGGGUGAUUGUCAUGCGCGAGCUGCAGAAGGGGUGGGCGGUUGCCUCGCAGCAGCAAAAGCAAUCUAACCCCGAGCCAUGUACUCGGGAUUUGAACAAUGGGGACGAAGGGGAGAAAGA